GCUGGGCUGGCCGGGAGCCAUGGCCGACGGGGAACGUCCCAGGAGUAGCCUGAGUCAGGCCAGCAGCGUCCUCACCAUCUCGUCCGUCAGCCUGGGGGCUGCCAAGCCGUCGCGCUCCCUGCGGAGGGUUCACACCUUUGGGAAAAGGGAAAAUUCCAUCAAGCGGGACCCCAACGCCCCCGUCGUCAUUCGGGGCUGGCUCUGCAAACAGGACAGCUCCGGCCUGAAGCUGUGGAAGCGACGCUGGUUUGUGCUGGCUGAUUACUGCCUCUUCUACUACCGAGACAGCAGGGAGGAGGCGGUUUUGGGGAGCAUCCCGCUCCCCAGCUACGAGAUCCGGCCGCUGCCCGGGGAGGGGAAGAGCCGAAGAUUCACAUUCAAGGCCGAGCACCGGGGGAUGCGGACGUACCACUUCAGCGCGGACACCCAGGAGGACAUGAAUGGCUGGAUCCGAGCCAUGAGCCAGUCUGCUGCGGCCGAGAGUGACCCCAGCACCGUCAGGAGCCGGCCCCCCCAGCUGCUCAGCCGGCCGGUGCCCCCCCCGGCCCGUCUCUUCGAGGAGAUCCGGCCGCUCACGCCCGACCUGGGUCCCGCCAAGAGCGUCGAGUCCUUGGAAAUCGCUCGGCUCUCGGGGCCCCACUCGUCUGCGGAGAGUCUGUCUGUGACAGGCCGGGGGGUGCAGGGUGAGGGGGGGGCCCUGCCCAGCGGCCCUGCCCCGCCCCCCAGCCCGGUCAGUGGGGAAGGGCUCGGGGGGGAGCUCCAGGGCCUAAGCUCUCUCUCCUCCCGCAUCCGCAUCCAGGAGCCCUCGGCGGCCGCACGCCCCCAUCCUGGCCCCCCCAGGCCCUCCGCACCCCCCUGCCCCCCUGAGGCUGAACAGCCGCCCCUGGAGCCCCCCUGGGAGCCCGCCACAGAUGCCCCGUCCCACGUCCGCUCCUCCCAGCUCCCCCUGCUGGUCCAGGCAGGGUCCAGCCUGGCCCGGCCCCACACCCCCGUGGGGCGGGUGGAUAUCGCCCCCGGGGGGGCCGCGCGGGGCAGCAGGACCCUCCCUGGGCGCCCCCAGACCCCUGCCGACCGCUACGACGUGCGGCCCUGCGAGGAGCCCUGUGCCCGGCCCCCUGGGCGUUACCCCCACAGCCCCCACCCCAGCCACUGCCUGGCGCGGCCCGGGACCCCGGCGGAGGAAAAUCCCCCGCAGACGGCCACGCUGGGACCUGCCCUGGGGAGACAGCCCCGGAGCCGGUUCACAGACCGGGUUCACCCCUCCCUGGGGGCCGCCCCGCCCCGCGCCCGUCUCCACGGCCGAUUGAUCUCCCCACAUUCGGCCUCCUCUGGCUACCUCCACCUGCCCCCGCUGCCCCCGCUCGCCAGCCGCCCCCCAGGGAAGAGGACCUCACUGGGAGCUCCGUCCCGGACCGUGGCCCCUCUGUCCCGGGACAGGACCCUGCUGGCGCUGCCCAGGGCUGAAAGUGACACCGAUAUUCUCCUGACUAAACUCUGCGGCCAGGACAAGCUGCUUCGGGGGCUGGAGGAGGAGAUGGGGCAGCUGCGGGCUGAGAAGGAGAGGCUGGAGACGGCCCUGGAGCUGCUCCGGCACCAGCUGGAUGAAUGCCGAGUCCAGGAGCUGGCGGAGGAGAAAAUCUGGUACCAGCAGAGGCGGCUGCAGGACGAGCUGGUGCAAGUGAGAGCCCGGCUCUGCGACCUGGCGCUGGACAGCGACCGGGCUUGGGGAGAUUUCGCCGCCCUAGAAAACGAGCUGCUGACGCUGCGGGAAACGCUGGCUCAGAUCCGGCUGCUCGGGCACCCCCAGGAGCAGGGGGCCGCCCAGCAGGAGCUGUGGAUGAUCGAUGACGUCAUUGCGGGGUUGGGCGCCAGCCCUGCCCCCUACCCCGCCCUGGACCCCAGGACAAGCCCAGGCUUCUCUCUGGCUGCCUCCCCCGUUCUGGAGCAUGGGGGGGCCUCAGCCCGGAGCCACCUGCCCCUCCCGGGGCCGGACGGGGGAAGCCAGGACCACGAGCCGCCACUCAGGGCUGUGCCAGCUGGCGGCCGGGAAGAGGACCGAGCAACGAGGGGAGACGCCUGGGGCUCCCGGCCCCUCCAGAGCCCCUCUAGAAAGGGGGCCGGGUCCCCCGAGCUGGACGGAGGGCGCCCCCUGCAGGAGCUGGAUGUUGCAGCACCAGGUCUCAGCUCGCCUCCGGCCGCCCCCCACCGGCCCCAGAGCCCCAGCCCAGGCCCCCACGAGCCCCGAGAGCAGAGAACCGAGGAGCUGCCAGCCAAGGCGAUCACCAUGGACCCCCCUGGUCCCCACCGGGCCCGGAUGAGCGUCCAGGAGCAGCUGGAGCGGAUGCGCCGGCACCAGGAAGGCCAGAGGCAGCAGGAGGGGGGCAGGCCGAACCCCUGGGGCUCCCGGCAGGGCUCGCUCCGGGCCAGCGCCAGCCGGCUCCCGCUUCCGACUCACCCCCCCGACCUCGGGCCAGAGCCGACCCAGACCCACACGGAGCCACCGCUGAAGGGGGGCCAGACCGGGGGUCCCUGGGGCCAGUCUCCCCCACCCCUCGAGAGAGACCGUCACCGGGUCAUCACCCUGGCGUACGCACUAGCCACCGAGGCCUCCGAACGCAGCAAACUCAUCACAGGGAAGAACCCGCCUGAACCCCAGUUGAGGGCCAAUCCGGACCCGCCCCCAGAGCCACUGGAUGCAGUGACCAAUCAGCACAUGCUGUUUACACCCACACUCCCCCGGGGGCACCCAGAGGCCAAUCACGUCGAGGCGGAACCGUGUGGCCCAGCCAAUCGGAACACAGCAUUUAGCAGCAAUUCAGUGCAGCAGGCGGGAGCAGCCAAUCAGGCGUCGUCUGUUGCCGAGCUUUCCAAUUGGUUCUCACCCUUGCCUGAAGCAGCCAAUCAGGCAGCAUGGCUGUCAGAAGCAGCCAAUCCAGCAUCGCCCCUGUCUGAGGGGUCUCAUUGGGCACCCCCUUUGCCCACAUUGGCCAAUCAGACAUUGACCGCACACAAGGCGUCCAAUCGGGCAUCGCCUCUGCUCUGGGCCGCCCAAAAGGAACGUGGGGAUUGGGCGGCGGAGCAAAAGAUUGUGGGUAACAAGGGCGUGGCCAAUGGCGGGCGUCGGGGGCGGGCCGGGCGUGCCGUGCCCAGGCAGGUGGUGGCAUACCUGGGCAAGGGGAGCCAGCCAAUCAGGAUCACCCUACUGCAGUCCAGCUUCUAGCCCAUUGGCUGAGAGGCAGGGUCAAGUCCCACCCCCUCCGCCACGCCCCCUGGGGGGACUCUGGGGGGGUUCAGAGGUUUGGGGUCCCUGUCCCCCCCAGCCCUGCCAGUGCCCCUCACUCCCGACCCGCAGCCCCUGCU